UACUAUCACUAAUGGUUUGAAUUCUCUUGGCAAGGUACUUUCACAAAAGGAGAUGGUGACCAAGAUUUUGAGAAGUCUCACCAAAGCCUAUCAAGGCAAAGUGAUUGCCAUUCAAGAAGCCAAGGAUCUCUCAACACUUCCCUUGGAAGAACUAAUUGGUUCACUCAUGAACCAUGAAAUUUUCAUGAGUGCACAAGAUGAAGAGGAAGUUGAGAAGAAAAAGAAGACUAUUGCAUUCAAGUCUUCCUCCUCCCGUGCCAUUAGUGAAGAUGAUGAGGAUAGCCUAUGUAGUGACAUGGAGGACUUGGCACUCUUCUCAAAGAAAUACAAAAAGUUCAUGAAAUUCAAGAAGAACUUUGGGAAGAAGCCACAAAGAGGAAGUGACUCAAAAGAAAAAGAAAGAAAAAGCAAAGAUGAUCCACCAAUUUGCUUUGAAUGCAAGAAGCCCGGUCACAUGAAAAUGGAUUGCCCAAUGAGGAAGAAGAAUAAAUACAAAGGAAGAAAUAUCAUAUGA